CAGCGUGCACAUCGCAUUUGACCACCACCAACUCUAGGCCAGUCGGCUUACAACUGCUGACACAGUCGGUAGUUGCGCGAUUCGUGGUAUUUCUAUAGCGGUUGGCAUCGCUCUUGCGUUUUACAACAAUCUUGCAUUCUCGAUAUUUUUCACGUUUGAUCGCGCGAAGUCUCCAUUUGAUUUCAUUCGAUUGUUCGGUUUUCUUUUGAUUGUUUGGUUUGUCUUAAAACGAAGUUUGUCGGUCCCAGUUAAAAAAAAAAAAGCCGAAUACAAGGAUAAAAUAAGAAGAAACCAUAGAUGACAACCGAAGUUGGCGAAUCACGAUCGAAACAUAGUAGGAGGAACGACACAUCGGAUGUUCCUCGAGAUGAGAACGCGAGGAGCGCACCGAAGGACGAGAGGACAACCGAGGCGAAUACGCGAAAUUUAUGAGACUUUCAGAGAGUAAACUGCGAACUGCGCCGAUUUCCGACACAUUCCUUCAUCGAACACCUGUGUCCCACAUUCGGAUUCCACGUUGGACGCGUCGUGGCAAUGGUGAACCAUCGAUCACAAGCUUUAUCAUUCUUUCCAUCGUCGAUCCUUCGCCGGAAACGGACUCCUCCCUUUUUGCAUUUGACGUGUUCCGAUACAAUCGCGUCUCGAUGCACGAAAUUUCUAAGAAUCGCGAACGAUUAAAAAUGGUCGCGAGUGCAGUGUCUAUGGUGAACUUUAAAAACCAACAGAUUUUUAGCCAAAUUUCGUUGCAAUUCGACGGAAAGAUUUCGAUUUCCAUAGACUUGCCUCGAUCACGACGCAAUUGUUCAAUUUUCGAUUGAUUUCGCUUGUGAGAAAACUCGUUUCCAUGGAGAACCUUAACAUUUGUAUAAUCACGUAAAUUCGUAAUUUUCACGACAUUCGAAGAAACAGAAAUUUAGCCAAACUUUUUUAACGAAAAAAAAAAAAAAAAAAAAAGAAGAAAACAGAAUGAGGACAGAGAUACGUUUGAUUUGACGCGUGUCGAUUACAAAAUUUUCGAUCGACAAGAGAGAGGCGGGUCGGCAACGAUUUUGGUGGUCAUUUUCCAUCAAAUCUGAUAAUAUCGCGGACCGUUUCUUUUGCUCUUCGUAGCGUUGUUAUCUGUAUCAGCCUGUUGCGUGUGUCAACGAAUGAUAAGAAACGAUAAGAAUAACACUUCGUUAAUUUUCUUUAUCGUUUAUCUAUUAGCCGUCGGGUAAUUUUUACAUAUUCAAUCAGUUUCAUUGUUGUACUCUACGGGCAUAGUUCUUCAAGUAAUAAAGGUACACUCUAUUUAACGUUUACGUUCCUCUAAAUUACUUGAAAGUAUUUUAAGUCCAAGGAAAACGUUCAUUUUCAUUCUAGGUUACGUGACUCGCAGAAAAAUUUAUCUAUAACUUUAGUGCAUAAUCGAUCCAUUACCUUUGAAUAAUAUAUUAUAAGUGCUUUUUCUGAGUCGUGAAAUAUUCAAAAAGUUACGAUAGUUGUAGCGUAACUAAUUGUAUAUCUAGUGUUCUUAAUAGACUACUAUCACAAGCAAUACAUUUGCUCAUCAUUCGUUACCUCUACAUGACUCAUUAACUGUUCGUUAGAAUACUUUGCACAUUUCAUUUAAACUCUCUUCAAGAUCAAUUCAGCUGGUUUCUCGAACGUAACAAACGUAUUUUUGACUGCGCGACCAAGAAAAAAAAAAAAAAAAAGAAAGAAAGAGGAACCAACGAUACGUCGGGAUUUUUGUUAGUUAAAAAUUAAAAUCGGCAAGACACAGAAAAACAGAUGAGAACGAUCUCGUCAAUGAAAAUCACGCAACAUUCUUUUUCAGCAACGAGACAAAAUUCGAAACAAAACGAAUAACCAUAGAUGACCGAUAUGAAAUUAUGGGUGAUUGGAAAAAACAGCUUGGUCGUCCUUACGAUCUUCACGAUCGCUCUGUACGUUCUGUUUUUCUGCUUCGACUGGAGCGACGACGAUCAUUUACGCUUCAGGCAAGUCUUUGACGAGGAUCUACGAUACGCGAAAACGGCGAAGAAAAUCCUAUUUUGGACCAAGAUGUUCAGCAACGAGACAUUUUACAUGGGCACAGGCUACAUCGCCCGCGAUUGCCCUAUGAACAAUUGUUACGCGACUAACAAGAGAAAUGUGGUGAAUCUGACGGACUUCGACGCAGUUUUAUUUCAUGGAAACGAUCUUGAUCUGAAAAAUUUGCCAAAGAACAGGAGUCCACGGCAGUGGUAUGUUUUCGUGAAUCUGGAAAGCCCGGCCAACAGGCCGAUAACUAACCACUUUUACGAGGAUUUCUUUAACAUCACGAUGACAUACAGAUUGGACAGCGAUAUCGUGUGGACUUAUGCAGUCGUUAAGGAUGCUCGUACCAACGUAAAUGUGGCGCCUAGCAGAAAUGUGAAUUGGAGCGCCUUUUACGCUGGGUCAGGUGACCGAACGAUCGUCGACGAUGUGGACGCGUCGUUGUCGAAGACGAUUCGAGGCAAGACGAAGCCGAUAAUCUGGUUCGUGAGCAACUGUAUAGCAAAAAGCGGCCGGAAAGAGUACGUGAACGAACUGUCCAAGCACAUACCGGUCGACGUUUAUGGAAAAUGCGGCAACAUGUCUUGUCCCCAUAACCAGGAUUGCUUCGCACGGGUCGCGGAACCUGGCUAUUUUUUUUACCUGUCAUUCGAGAAUUCGUUGUGCGACGAUUACGUAACCGAGAAGCUGUACAAUAGCCUCAGAUACAACGUGGUUCCCAUCGUUUAUGGUGGCGCCAAUUACAGCCGUUAUGCUCCACCACGAUCUUACAUAGACGUGUUCGACUUCGACACGCCAAAGAGUCUGGCCGAAUAUCUAAAGAAGCUAAUCAAAAAUCCGCGAAAGUACAGCGAGUACUUCGCUUGGAAAACGUAUUACAAGAUCGAGGAUGGCGUUCAUCAAGGUAUAUGCAAUCUCUGCGAGUUUCUUCAUAAGCAGAAAGAGCCACGAACGCAAAACUUUUUGUCUGAUUGGUUCAGCCGGUCGAAAUGUCACCUCCAGGAAUUUUUACGUAAUCACAGCUACCUUACAGGGUCUAUUUUCAAAGACUGAUUUAGCGCACAUUUCUGACAUAUCACCGUGCAAAUUUAAGUUAUCGUAAAAUACGUUUAGUUUACGACUGUCGAAUUUAUUUGAGCAUUAAGAUUUUAUCAGGGUUAUAUACAUUACAUACAGGCUCGCAAAAGCGAUUUUAACGCUUGCCAUGGAGAACUUUAAUGUCCACAGACAUAUACAUAUAUUUUUAUUGGUUUCCUUAUCAACGUUCCACUUCUAUACAUAUAACACAUCUAAAAUACGAUAUAGAAAAAGCAUAUUACAUGUCCCAUAUUAAACAUUUUCAAUUAUUUCUCUAAUGAGACACGACUAUUAUCGUGAUUAUAUCGAAACUACACUUACGUUUAUUGAAAAUACACAUUUACUAUUAGUAGAAGAUUAGUACACGGCGUGAAUAGUCGUCUAAAACGUGUAGUUAGUGGUAAAGAUGAUCUCUGUAAAUGUCGUGUCUUACUAUAAUAUAACGAACAAUUUAACAUUUCUGCGAUCUUUGAAAAGUGUAUGCGAUUACAAUAAAUAUCUUAUAAUUUUUAUACACGUUCCGGGAUUUGUUGCAAACUUUACCAGCAUAUCAUGACAAUGGAAGCACCGCUAACGAAAUUUUCUAAUGUUUCGUAUAAUACGACAUAUUCGUGAAAGGUGUCUGAAAGUGUUCGAGUAUUGUCGAAAACUUGUAUAAAUGCGACGAAUUGCUAGAUUUGUAUUAUAGUUAGCGCAGUGUGAAUGAUAUCGAAAUAUGUAAAAUAUCGAUCAACGGUUUCUGCCAUCAGAGCGAAAUUCGUAAAAAACUGGAAUCUCGUCUUACGAUCAAUUGAAACAAAAUCGAUGAACGAUAGACAAGACACGGAUCCGGUUCUGUGUUAGAUACGCGUUAGCCGCGUGAACGAUUCCGAACCAAUUUAUUUCAAACGCAGUUAUCUAUCUGCGUCAUUCAGCAUUAUUCGUAAUUUGGUAUAAUUAGAAUGGUUCAUUCAUAAUUUAAAGAAUUAACGCGAACCUCGUAUCUACCGUUAUAUUACUUGCCAUAAAUAUUCACCGAUCGAAUCGGUAUACAAGUGCUCCGAAGAUCGAUGAUUUUCAUAAUUUAUUUCGCCGUACUGGUCUACCUUCGAUUCCGAGUUCACUGAAGUGGCAAUUAAACGAUCGAACGUUUUAAAAUGAAGAAUUUAUUAUUUUUCAAACAUUCGUUAACCUGCGAAACCGACAGCGAGAAAAAUUGUAAUUAAUUAAUUUGAAACUUGUAACCAUCUAUGAGCAUUCUCAGGCUGGAAACGAUGUAUUGUCAAGUGAUUCGUAAAAACGAUGUACCGUUCGAUUCGCAGAGUUCGUUUAGAAUCACUUAUCAGGCGACGGACUAUUUUUAGCAAACCAUUCAUACAACACCUAUAAGAUAAAGCCUGGUAUUAACGAACGAUAAAACCGUUCGCAUUACGUCAUGAAAAAUCGACAAUGUCAUUUUAAAAUUCAAUGCACCAGUUUCGCUUCAUCGUUUUUACAACGAGCAAGAGUCGAUCAAUUUUCUCUUACGCAACAUUUGUCCGACAUUGUUUAACGUUCAACGUUAGAAGAAUUCUACGAUCGUGACGCGAUUCAAGAGAAUAUCGAUAUUAAUUAUACCUGUCGUAUUAUUAACAUUUAUUAAAAAUACUAGUACUAUUAUUUGUAUUAUUUUUAUACGAUAUUCUAUUCUCUAAUUUAUUCAGAUUCUUGAGUACGCGUGACACGUUCAAGGUAACUAUCCGACCGAGUUUUACCAUUUCUAGGUCAUGAGUCGAGUAAGGCCCAAUAUCCGCCCACGAAGCGUAAGCGUAGUUUAUGUAUAAGUCGACGAUAAGUUUACGACAGUGUUCGCGCUACAAAGCGUACAAGCUUCGUCUCGUCGUUAAAAUGUCGAACGAUGAGGAAAACGCGUUCAUCCUAUAUCGCUACAUUCGUUCGUACUUGCAACGUACGCCUCGCUGACUGACAAUGUUAACGCCAGUCGUCACGACGAAAACGCGUAGCAACGAAAACCGCUCGCUACUGUUUCGUGGACAGUUGCAUAUUUCUGUGGGCACCUAGCAUCGCUCUAUUUAUCGUUAACGUCAACGCGUCUAAUACGCGCCUCUGAAAAGCUUCGCGGACAAUGACCUGUCCUACCUGUACAUUAUUUUGCGUAUGUUAUUACCUGUUUGUACGGAAACAAAGGACCGGUCAUCGAGAAAUGAAAUACUUUCGUAGAUUCGUUCGUACGAUCCACGACGACCGAUGGAACUCGUAAAAGCAUUUUCGCGUCCAUUAUCAAGAGAACGAGACAAUGGCUCGUUCGAGCGAAGAGAAACGCGGAUAAGACUUCUCCGUUUUGUCUUAUCCUGUCUGUACGUUUUAAUUGAAGCUCGCGCUAUUUCCUGGAAAGUUUCAGUCGCCAAAGUCGCCAAUGUCGCGUGUCUUCGCUACACUGCCUCGUAAACAACGUCUGUCUUCGAGAUUCUCUCGUACUGGUAACGGUAUUCUUUCGCAAUUUCUCCGACGACGGUCUUGGAGAAAUUUCAGACCGUUGGGUUGGUCGGUCUGAAAAGAUUUGUAAGACGACGUUCGAAUCGCUGAACGAAGGAAGAAGUUCGCGCGAAUGGAUGCGAAACACUUUGACGAAACGAUUUGAAUCGCGUCGAAAUUGUCGUUUGCUCGAUUCAUGGAUUCUUUGUAAACAAGUACGGCCCGUUGAUUAAUUAUGAGCUGGCUGAAGAUUCGUUUUGAAUAUACUGUUGAAAGUACCGUUGAAGUUGCAACGUUCUUCACGUUGUAUCGUUCGGAAAAAUUGUUCGUAAAGUUGUUGUUUGAAAAGCAGAAACAUUCAAUUCUCUCUACGUUCUUCUAUCGCGUUAAUUUCGCCCUGAUAAUUUAUUUCGUAAUAACAUUAAUUACGAUGUUUGAAAUUCUGCGCAAACACCAAACAGCUUGCUAGAAUUUUAUAUCAUAACGCUCGUCGGCUAUUCAAGCGGAAAUUUCUGCCAGCGAUGUAUAAAUUUAAUCGAGUAUUCGUAUAAUUUACAUAUCAUUGACCGACUAUUGUAAGAAAAUAAAGGGAACUCUGAUCUUAUGUAUGUUUUUCCUGUAACGCCAAAGGUGAUUCUACUUUUGUAAGGAAAAUAGUAGAGUAAAGAAUAUAUUAUUGACGAACAACGUGUUAGACGAUGAAUAUCCCGAACGAUAUUUUUCACGAUUGUGAUAGAAAAUACACGAGCUUGAUAGACCUGGACGCCACGUUCUCUCACGGAAUGGAACUCGAUGCUUGGGACCAGUGAACGCGAAGAAGCGCAUGCCUGUGGUACGUUUUUGUGGAACUGGAAAACUCGUACAAUAGACCAUUGGUUAACCACUUUUACGAAAGCUAUUUCAACGUCACUGUGACGUACAACUUUUUAUUGUGACAUCGCGUGGUUUUGUAGUGCCGUUAGGGACAAAAAUGGCCAACGAAAUUGUCGUCUCCUCUUUUCGUUUCACCGGUUCAAGUUCUUUUAUCAAUCAUCCGAGUAAUGAUUUAAUGUUUCGUGUAUUUUCUUCCUGUUACUUUAUAUCAUUUUAAUGGACAGAUAUGUCAUUAACGUAGACCUCAUAUGUUAAACGAUUACAAAGAUUCAGGAUUGUGAAAUACACACAGCGUCGGUGAAGUCAUCGAUUAUUCGAAAACAUUCCGUUCUUUCGAAAUCUAAAAAUUCUUUCAGCGUUCUAUAGUAUGUCUGCUAAAUAUAUAUCGUUUAUGCCAAUGAAA